ACUAAAACUAAAAUAAGAACCUGGAUCAGCCUUAGUUGAACUCAGCCACUUCUUUCUAGAUGUCAUCCUGAGGUCUUCAUAACCAUACUAUUAUUUCUUUCUUAAUAUUUGCUGAUAAGGCGAUUAAUAUCUCUGCAGCUUCUUUCUUCAUCUGGAGGUUUGCAGGUUUUGGAUAGGGAUAUGGAUUCUUCUUCUUCUUCUUCUCUUCCUUUUCCUGCUCCUCUUCGAGAAAAGUACGAUGUGUUUCUUAGUUUCAGAGGUGAAGACACACGCGAUACUUUUACCAGCCAUCUUCACGCAGCCUUACGUCGGAAGAACAUUGAGACCUACAGAGAUUACAGACUUGAGAAAGGAGACGACAUUGGACCUGCCCUUCUGGAAGCAAUCGAGAAAUCGAAAAUUGCACUAGUCGUUUUCUCAAAAGACUAUGCUUCUUCCACAUGGUGUUUGAAAGAACUUGUGCAUAUACUUGGAUGCAAGAAAAGCUAUGGACAGAUUGUUAUACCCAUUUUUUAUAGCAUAGAUCCAUCAGAUGUACGAAAACAGCAGGGAACUUAUGCACUUGCAUUUGCUAAACUUGAAGAACAUUUCAAGGACAGUAUGGAUGAUUCGGUUCUCAAGUGGAAGGUAGCUUUGGAGGAAGCAGCCAAUAUGUCAGGGUUUCAUGAUUCAAGUAAAACAGGGACGGAGGCCGAUUUCGUUGAGGAAGUUGCUCAAGAUGUUUUGACCAAAUUGAAUCGCGAAUCGUCAAGUGAUUUAAAGGGUCUGCUUGGAAUUGAAAAGAAAAUUGAAGAAAUUGAGUCGUUAUUAUGCUUUGAUUCACCAGGUGUUUGCUGUGUAGGUAUUUGGGGCAUGGGUGGUAUUGGCAAGACCACCCUUGCUGAUGCUGUAUUUCACAGGCACUCCUCUAAAUUUGAAGCUGCUUGUUUUCUUGCGAAUGUCAGGGAGAACUCAGAACAAACGAAUGGACUACUUCAGUUGCGUAAUAAACUUGUUGGUGAGAUAUUAAAGCAAAAAGAUGUAAAUAUCAAAACUCCAUCUAUACCACGUCAUAUUCAAGAUAGGCUCAGGAAUACAAAGGCGCUCAUUGUUCUUGAUGAUGUGAAUGCUGAAAAACAACUAGAAGUUCUUGUUGGUGAUGAUGAUCGGUUUUGCCAAGGAAGUCGAAUCAUUAUAACUGCUAGAGAUAAAGGCCUACUUGAGCAAAAAGUUGACCCUGCGAAGAUAUUCAGCGUUGAGGGAUUAAGUCUCGAAGAAGCUCUUCAGCUCUUUCAUUCGCAUGCUUUCGGAAAUAAGUCUACAACAACAGAAUACACUGAGUUGUCAAGACAGGUGGUGGAUUAUAUUAAGGGCAUUCCAUUAGCUCUUAAAGUUAUAGGGUCCUCAUUCCGUCGUUGCAAGAGCAAACAACAGUGGGAAGAUGAAUGGAAAAAAGUGAGAGAAUAUCCAAACAAAGAAAUCGAUCGAGUGUUGAGAAUAAGUUACGAUGGAUUAGGACAACAUGAGACGGAGAUAUUUCUUGAAAUAGCAUGUUUUUAUAAAGGCUGUGAGAGGAAUUAUGUAAAAGAAUGUUUAGAUAGUUGUGAUUUCUACGGGGAAGCAGGAAUCAAUGAUCUUAUUGAUAGGUCUCUCAUAUCAAUUUCAUAUUCCAACACAUCGGUAGAUGAGCAGUUAGAAGCACGGAUAGAGAUGCAUGAUUUGGUGCAAGAAAUGGGUUGUGCAAUUGCUCGAGAACGAGGCAACAGGUUGUUCAUUUUAAAGGAUGUCCAUCAAGUAUUGACAAAUAACCAGAGCUAUGGACAUGUUCAAGCCAUAUCCAUUCACUGGCUUUACUGGUGUGAGAUGGAAUAUGCAAAUUUCGAAAAGAUGCAUCAACAACUGAGAUGGCUAUGUGUCGAUAAUUGUGUCGAUAAUCGUGGGCCCUUCUAUUAUGAUUUACCUGCAUUAAUUGGUUCUCCUGGUCUUCCCAAUUCUCUUAAAUAUCUUCGCUGGUGCGAAUAUCCUUUGAAAUCUUUGCCAUCAAAAUUUUCUGCUCAAAAUCUUGUUGUCCUCGAAAUGCCGUCCAGCAAAGUUGUGGGGCAACUUUGGAAUGAAGACCAGAGUCCUCCUGUGAACUUGAAAUGGAUCAAUCUUGAAGGCUGCAUGUAUCUAACUAAAGUCCCAGAUCUCUCUCGGAGUCUGCAAAUUAAACAUAUAGAUCUGAAAAGGUGUGGACGUUUGGUUGAAAUUCCUUCAUAUUUUCAACAUCUUGGCAAGCUUACUUAUCUUGACCUUGGGCAGUGCACAAAUCUCAAAAAUCUCCCCGAGAUGCCAUGCAAUCUUGAAUUCUUAGAUUUGUCUUGGACAGCAAUAGAGGAAUUGCCUUCAUCAGUUUGGUCUCACGAAAAAAUAUCUCACUUAGAUAUUAGAUAUUGUGGACACCUUAAGAGUCUUCCAAGCAACACUUGUAAGCUGAAACUCUCUCUUGGUCUAGAUUACUGCAAUUCUCUUUGCGAGUUUUGGGAGCUUCCCAGGGAUACAACAAAGCUACAGUUGAGUUAUUCAACAAUAAAAGAAUUGAGGAAUGCUUCAAUAGAGUCUGUCAUUGGUCUCACUGCAAUUGAACUGCGUCGUUGCGAAAGUCUUGUGAGUCUCCCAACAAACAUUUGGAAGUUGAAAUCUUUGAAGAGACUUAAUCUCGAGGAUUGUUCUAACUUUCAAAACUUCCCAGAAAUCUCGGAGGUUAUGGAAUAUCUAGAGUUUCUAAAUUUAUCAGGUACAGCGGUUAAAGAGAUACCCCCAUCAAUUAGAAAUCUAGUUGUGCUUCGAGAAUUAGAUCUCCACAACUGCAAGAACCUUGAGGUUGUCCCCGAUGAGUUAUUUUGCUUAACCUCAUUACAAGUGUUAGAUUUGAAGGGGACCGAAAUUAAGAGCUUACCUGCAAGCAUCAAACAAGCUGGUCAGUUGUCUCGCCUGUUCCUCAGUGGUUGCAAUAGCCUUGAAUCUUUACCAGAGCUCCCCCCAUCACUGAAGGAAAUUGAUCUCAGUUGGUGCUCCAAAUUUCAAUACUUCCCAAAAAUCUUAGAGCCUAUGGAACAUCUGGAGUUUCUAAAUUUAUCAGGUACAGCGGUUAAAGAGCUACCCCCAUCAAUUGGAAAUCUGGUUGCACUUCGAAAAUUAGAUCUCAGUGAUUGCAAUUACAUUGAGGUUGUCUAUGAUCACCUGUUUCGCUUAACCUCAUUACAAGAGUUAGAUCUGAGUAGCACCAAAAUUAAGAGCAUACCUGCAAGCAUCAAACAAGCUGCUCAGCUGUCUCACAUGUUCCUCAGCCAUUGCAAAAGCCUUGAAUCUUUACCAGAGCUCCCCCCAUUGCUUCAAUGUCUUGACGCAGGAGGUUGCACGUCACUGAAGACAGUGUCAAGUUCAAGCACUGCAAUCGCACAAGGUUGGGAAAAAUAUAAAUGUUCUCGAGGGCGUCAUGAGAAACAUAUAUUUUCUAAUUGCAGAAGGUUGGAUGAGAAUGCACUAAGCAACAUAAUGGGUGAUGCACAGCUCAGAAUUAUGCGGAUGGCAACUGCGACGUCAAAGUUUAAAGAAGACAAAAUUGAAAAAGCAUCAUAUAAUUCAAAUGAGGAAUCUUUAUUCAAGAGAUCUUUUGUUGCCAUUAGAUGUUUUGGGAAUGAAAUUCCAAAUUGGUUCAGCCAUAAAAGUGAGGGAUGUUCAAUGAAGAUUGAGCUUCCUCGUGAUUGGUUUAGCACAGAUUUCUUGGGUUUCGCUCUAUCUCUUGUUGUUUCAUGCCAAGAAGAUUAUUAUGAUAUAUGGUAUUUGAUUAGUGGAUGCAAGUACAACUUCAAAACUAGUAAUGGUGAAAGCCAUGCAGUCGACCAUCUUUUACGUCAUCCGCCCCCUGAAAAUCGCUUACCAAUCGGAGAUCCACAUGAGGUGUGGAUGUGGUGGCAUAGUAGUGUCUUUGAAGAAGUUGUACAGGGAGCUCAAAGCCCCACUGCAUUUUACAAACUUGUUACCGAGCUCAAUGUUGACUUCAUCAUAAGGGAUGACUAUUACGGACCCCGUCUGAUAGAAAAGUGUGGGAUAUGUCUGUUGUAUGGCAAAGAUGUUGAGAAGAUGAUAAAGCAGAGAGCUUUGUAG